AUGGCGCACCGCGACCGCGCACCGUUCGUUGCCCAGGACCCGAAGGAGAUCACGAACCUCAUCCACUCAUUGCAGAUGCAUGAGGGCAAGAAGGGGAAAGACGGCUUUUCCGUCAAAAAACACACAUUCACGCUGCCUAGCGGCCGGACAGUGGACUCGUGGAAGAUGAACGACUGGGACUACAAGAAAGAGCACCUUCCUACAUACGCUCGAGGCCUCUUCACAUACAAGAACCUUCAGGGACAAGACGAGAUCGCCGUCCGGGGAUACGACAAGUUCUUCAACCACGGUGAGGUCAGGAAGACAGAGUGGAACAAUGUCGAGCAGAACACACGGGGCCCAUACGAGUUGAGUGUGAAGGAGAACGGGUGCAUCAUCUUCGUCUCUGGUCUUGACGACGACACUCUGCUGGUCUGCAGCAAGCACUCUACAGGGGCACGCGGCGAUGUCGCGCUCACCCAUGCCAUGGCAGGUGAGCGGUGGGUGGAGAGGCACAUUGCAGCAGUGGGAAGGACAAAGCAGGAUCUCGCGCGGACCCUGCGGGCAAUGAACGCGACGCUGGUGGCCGAGCUGUGCGACGAUGAGUUCGAGGAACACGUUCUGGCCUAUACCCCCGACCAGGCAGGGUUGUACGUCCAUGGCAUCAACCUCAACCUUCCUGAAUUUGCGACAUACCCUGGGCGUUUGGUCGAUAAGUUUGCAGAUGACUGGGGCAUGAAGAAGGUCGUCUAUGUCAUGGAGGACGACAUCACCAAGGUCAAGACGUUCCUGGAUAAGGUCGCCGAGACUGGCAGCUACAACGGACGCGACACCGAGGGCUUUGUCAUUCGAUGCCAGGCGCGAGCCGCCGAGGGCGCCCCAUACGAGGACUGGUUCUUCAAAUACAAGUUCGAGGAGCCAUAUCUUAUGUACAGGCAAUGGCGUGAGUGCACCAAGGCCAUGAUCGCGGGCAAGCCCCCACGGUACAAGAAGCACAAGGCCAUCACCGAGGAGUACUGUGAUUUCGCGCGCAGGAGGUUUGUGCAGAAUCCUGGAUUGGCUCAGGCGUACGGGCAGAACCAUGGUAUCAUUAAGCUGCGUGAUGAGUUCUUGGCCGCACGCGGCACGACUGGCGCGGAGAUUAUCCAGCAGGAGCUGAACGCAGGCGCACAGGAGAGCAAGGCAGUGAACAGGAACAUCAUCAUGGUUCCUAUCGCGACCAUUGGCUGUGGCAAGACGACCAUUGCUCUCGCACUCGUGAAGCUGUUCGGUUGGGGCCACUUCCAGAAUGACAACGUGAAGGCGAAGAAGGGUCGAGGCCAGAUCUUCGCCGAUACCAUCUCAUCGUUGCUCAUCACCAAUCCUGUUGUGAUCGCCGAUCGCAACAACCAUCAGAAGCGCGAGCGAGACCAGAUCAUGAACGACAUCUCGCGAACUGUCAAAGACGCACGCUUCGUCGCGCUUCACUACGUGCACGAGCGCUCUAACUACAAUGCGAUCCGAGACGCCACACGAAAGCGUGUACUUGACCGCGGUGACAACCAUCAGACGAUCCAGGCAGGCUCGAAGGGACCGGGCGAGAUUAUCGAGAUCAUGGAGGGCUUCAUGCACCGCUUCCAGCCUCUCGACCCGUCAGAAGCUCCUGAUGACCUCUUCGACCUUGUCAUCAACAUUGACCCGGUCCUCGACUCACGGCAGAACCUAGAGACGGUCAUCAGUAGGAUGUUUGAGACAUAUCCUGCGCUGUUUGAAGGUCGCGACAUGCCGACGGAUACUGAUAUGGAUGAAGCGAUCCAGUGGGCGCUGCACGACUACACGCCCGACUUCAAGAUGGAUCUGUCCCGGGGCGGCCCCAAGAAUCAGCAGCUCAACAACAUGCAGAAGAACCAGGGAGGAGUGGCGAACGGAAAGAAACAGGCACAGAGCGGGGGUAGGGCAACGAAGGCGCCUCGCAUGGAGUACUUCUCCGUGAAGCUGAACACAUCUCGAGUCAGCUCGAUCCUCGACAGCGUAUUCAACGGCAAAGAUCCCGAGAGUGCGCGUCUCUACAACCAGAUGAAGCAGCAGCGCCGUAUUCAGAAUGAGUUCCACGUCACGCUGAUUCACCGCGCCUCGGCAGCGCAGAACCAGCCAUACUGGGACAAGCUCAUCAAGCUCAGCGAUUCCAUUCAGACAAGAGCUGAGAAUGGCGGUGGUUGGGAAGCGGAAUUAGGCAAGUGCGGUGUGUUCAUGGAGCGGUUGAUCUGGGACGACCGCAUCAUGUGCUUCGUGGUGCGCCUCAACGGCUCGAGCACGUUCAGGGUUGAGAGCGAAGCAGGUGCGUCGACUGAAGACGUUGCUUUCGAGAGUGUCAACCCGGUUGCGCACGUCACUGUUGGCACGGCCAAUCAGAGCAUCAAGCCGAAGGAGAGCAACGAUCUGUUGCAGCGCUGGUUGAACGAGGGCUCUGGCGCUGCGACGGGGAUUGGUGAGCUCACUGUCAAGGGCAAUGUGGUGCUUGAUGGUAGCGUCCGUGGUGUGCUUGGUCGGUUGUAG